AUGGAUCGGUCACAAUCUGAACUGUCACCUUUGGUGAUUCGUACAGCUCAAGCCUUAUGUGAUUUAUUGGGCAACAAGUUAUCAUUGGCCCCAACUUCCUCACAAGGGACUGGCCAGAGUGCAGGUAAGAGCAUGCCAGUUUUGGCAGUAGGCAGCGGCCAAAGUACUGCUCUUAGUGCACCUGCUGUUCCCAGUGCUCCUACAGUGAGGCAGGCCUUGAAAAGGCCAUUUCCACACAUCUUUAAUAAACCUACUGAUCAGCCAAGGGGGAAAAGACGAUUCUGCGCUCCUACCACUUCUGUUGUGAAAACAAAUAACUUUCAUGUAUAUGUCCUUCCAAGACCCUCUGAAUUCACACCAAAGGGCUCAGCAGAAGAACUACAGCUUGCCACUGCUGGUCUUGGGAAAAGGAUUAUACGUCUGGCAGAGAACUGGGGACACAGUGAUAUUGAAGCUCAACUUUGGAAGGAAUUUCCCAAACUGAAGAGCUUGAAAGGAGGCUGGAUGUUUUACAAGUCCACAGGGGGUAGUGGACGUCGCAAGCUGACAUCAAUUUUACAAGGCCCUGAGGGAUACACUUUUGAGACACUCAAAGGGGCAUCCAGCAAUGGCAAGAACACUUUAUUUCUAGCUCCACUACAAGAACAGCUGUCUAUCGAACCCCUUCCUUAUGACUCUCCAGAGUUUGCCAACAUGCCAAAGGCAAAAUGCAUGAAAUGUGAAAGUCUAAUGCCAUUGCAGCUGCUACCUUUACAUGUGGAGGAAUGCAAUGUGGAUGAAUUUGAGUCAUCUCCUGAUGAAGACUGCACAGUUAUUGAGGAGCCAGGUCUCUGUUCUACAGCUGUCUCAGACCUUCCUACCACUGAGACUGGAGAAUCCACAAAGAUGGGAGAAUGUGCUGAAAUGGAAGAGUCGUGUGGGGUUUGCCCAAUCUGUCAAGCAGCAUACCCAGUUGAUGCCCUUCCAUUCCAUGCCAGCACAUGUGGUGAAAGAAUGGACAUUGCUGCCACUACGCGCAGGGAAGCAGCCAGUCUGACAAGUGUUGAUGAAUUGCCAGGACCUUCAUUUCUAAGAAUGUCUACACCACCAUCACCUGCUGACUGGGAGAAAGAAGAAGACCCCAAGGAAGCAUGUCAGUUGUUCCGACAACAACUGCUGGAGCGCAACUCAAAACAUCACCACCUCUUGCUGUCAAUCAACAUGUUUGAUUCUGAAGAUGACAAGGACAGUUCCUUUAUAGAAUUUUACAAAAGGAAUAAUAUCAACUGGGCAGCUCCUUUCAAAUGCACACUGACAGGAGAUGCAGCAGUUGGUGAAGGUGUGAGACGACAUGUUUUGUCAAUGGCAAUGCAGAAAUUGAAGACUGGUUUCAGUAUUAAUUUAGGCUCUGCUAGUGUUACACCCCUUUUCGAAGGGGAAAGGGAUCAUCAUGUUCCCUCAGCUGCUGGUGUGCUUCGGGAAUGCAAGCUGUUUGAGAUGGCGGGUCGAAUUCUCGGACAUAACUUCAUCCAUGGUGGGUCUGGUUUUCCAGGACUCAGUUUGGCUGUUGUGAAUAUGUUAACUGGAGGGCAGAUUGAAACCGCAGCAGCAGCUCUGACUCUAGAGGAUGUUGCUGAUCUUGAUAAUCGUGAAACUAUUGGUUUGGUGAGUAACACAGUUAAAGGUUAGCUUGUUUUCCAGCAAAGCACCACACUGCAGCAUGUUUGUCCUAUGCAUCAUCAAAUGAUGACAAUU